AUUGGAAAGAAAUGAAAAUUCGUGAGAUGGGUUUUUUUUUUUUAAUAAAUAAAUAACAAAUGAGAUGGGAGACUGGUGGGUAACUCAGAACCUUCUCUGUGUACAGCAGCGCCUUUAUAUAUACGUCUGGAUUUCUACUGAAUGCUCCCUGUUUUCGAUCUUUAUCUUUUCCAUCACAUCAAUCAGCCAUGGAAAUUCAGAUUCUGAACCCAAAAUUUCAAGAAACCAAGCUCGAUUGAGGGUACUUUCAAUAUGAAGUUCUCUUUUUCUUUCUCAAAUUGCUUCUCCCCAUCAUCACCGCCUGAAGUUGAUCGAAGCAGCAGCAGCGGGCAAGAAACAGGAGGAAACACUAGUGAAAAAUUUCAAGUCUUCUCUUAUAAAGAAUUGAAAAUCGCCACAGAUAGCUUCCACCCAUCAAACAAGAUUGGUGAAGGAGGCUUUGGUUCUGUCUACAAGGGCCAGCUAAGAGAUGGGACCACAGUGGCUGUAAAGGUGCUUUCAGUUGAAAUUGAAUCGAUGCGAGGGGAGAGGGAGUUUGUCUCUGAGUUAUCCGCACUGACAGAUAUCAAGCAUGAAAAUCUGGUUACCCUUCAAGGAUGUUGCGUCGAGGGAGCUAGCAGAUUUUUGGUUUAUGAUUAUAUGGAGAACAAUAGCCUUGCACAAACCUUACUUGGUGCAAAGCAGAACAGGAUGGAAUUUGGUUGGGAAGCAAGGCGGGGCAUUUCACUGGGAGUAGGUCGGGGACUCGCCUAUCUCCAUGAGGAAGUUCAACCCCAUAUCAUACAUCGGGAUAUUAAGGCUGCCAAUAUACUUCUAGAUCAGAAUCUCGCCCCCAAAAUCUCAGAUUUUGGCUUAUCAAAGCUGUUUGUAGAUAGCAGAUCUCAUAUUAGUACUCGUGUUGCCGGGACAUUAGGCUAUCUUGCUCCAGAAUAUGCUCUUAGCGGGCGUUUGACAAGAAAAUCAGAUGUUUACAGUUUUGGAGUGCUCCUCCUUGAAAUUAUCAGUGGCCACUCAGUCGUGGAAUAUGACUUAGAACACGGCGAACAUUAUUUGGUCGAAAAGGCAUGGGAAAUGUACACGGAUAACAAACUUCUGCAGCUAGUCGACCCCACGCUAAAGGACUUCCCUGAAGAAGAAGCUAUUCAAUUCUUAAAGGUGGGCCUACUUUGUGUGCAAGAGAUCAGCGGCCUUCGCCCCCGAAUGUCAGCAGCCGUGAAGAUGUUGACUAAUGAGAUCAAUGUUAAUGAUGUUCAUAUAUCACAACCGGGACUUCUUUCAGAUCUCACCGCCGUUAAAAUAGGCCACAGGCGCUCUUUUCCAACCAUUUCCUCCAAGGCCUCCACCAGUACCAGCACGCAGAGCGCCAACACAAACCCAUCCUUGACUGGGAGCUCUGGUCCCCUUAACAUGGAUGCUGUAUUAUUUGAUGUUAAAUCUGAGUCUCAUAGAUAGUUUCUGCAGUUUCUUUGAACCAUGUCAUAGUGAAUUCCAUUCAUCAAUUAACAAACACGAAAAAUUAAAGGAGUAGCAAAA